UCAUGUUCCAAGUACAAACACAAAAAUGCAGUCUGUCUCUCACAUAAAUGCCAAUUCUAUACUCUUUCAUUUUUAAGUAUUUCCCUAAAAACAGAAAACUCCUUUGUCGGUUCACUUCAUGCUUGGCACCUCGUACUUACUGCUUCUACGAUCAAAAAGCCCAUACAUAGUAGUAUCAUUCCCACAUCCUUUGUGAAAAAUAAAACGUACCUAAACAAAGCAAAUUAACGAAUAGAACGGAAUUGCUAGAAGCUUUACGAUAAGUUGUGCUGAUAUUUCUUUCCACAAGAGGUUUGGAUUUUGAAAAAGCACCAGCACUAAGAGCGAGUUAUACUCGUAAUAACAAAAUUAAAAAUUCCUUCUGGAAUUGUUAGAGAAACUUACUCACUGCCUCUUCUAUUUCCGCUUGAUUGAAAAAGGUAAUAGAUUCCUUCUAUAUGUGUGUGUGAACGAUUAUGAUUGUAUGAGUCUUUUUAUGAAACGCAAUUGUUUUCAACUUUAUAGAAAUUUAAUCCUCUUCAUUGAACCAACAGCUAUAUCUAUUAGAAUUUUGCAAGGGGACAGGCUAUCUUGAACUUGAUUCAUUCCUUUCGUAUACAGGAAGAAAGAUGGAAGAAAUCAAUAGCACUACUAAACCAAUGGAUCACCAAAAGGAGGUGAAUGCGAGUCGAUUCUCUUCCAAUAAUUAUCAAAGCAACAGCCCCCGGGAUCCUUCUCAUGAAUCCAAAGUACACAAUAGUUCGCAUACUUCAAGCAGAUCCUUGCCGAUGGAUAAAUUAAAGCAUCAGCAAGAGUUUGUAAUUAUCCAGAAGCCAAAGGAAAAAUUAUUUCCUCCUUUAUUGAACAAAAGAAGUGCUUCCGCUGAAAACCUUAAUUCCACUUCUCAUGCUUCUUCCAAAAGCAAUCUUUUCCCUAAAGAAAGAUCACAUCCUACCUUUGUUCCACCCGAAAAUAAUGAACCCAAGCAGAAUCACGAACUUAAAGAAAAACCACACACGAUGCCGGCUUCCAAAACUCAGAUAGCAGGAUUACGAAUGCGAAGUUUUUGGGAUUAUGUUCGUCUAGAGCUGACGGCUUCUGAUACUGAAUCUGCGAAUCCAAUCAAACAAACCAUGGUGGAAGAUUUUUUCGCUACUCCACUCUCCAUCGAGAAGACACUCCUUUAUGGAUGGUUUGUUUGCGUCGAUAGCUUCCUUUACGUUUUCACUCUUCUACCCAUCCGUAUUUUCUUGUCCAUUCUAUUUUUGUUCCAUUACAUUUUUCAUAAUACAAUUCGAUUUUUAUCACCUGGAAACAAAAUAUCACCAAUUGCUUUUCCCAAAAGCAGAAAAAUUGACCUCAUAAAAGUCUCUUUAUUAUUAUCUACAAGUAUUUUAAUUCGAAGGCUUGAUGUGAGUCGUCUAUACCAUGUUAUUCGAGCUCAAGCUAGCAUUCGUUUCUAUGUUUUAUACAAUGUUUUGGAAAUUGCCGAUAGACUCUGUGGUGCUUUAGGACAAGACGUUCUGGACUGUUUAUUCGCAGAUUAUAAUCUCUCCUUUCAUUUUUUGGAGCUUUCAGGUUGGCUAAGGUUUUUUUAUUACUAUUUCAUUUCUCUUGCGUACAUGGUAUUACAUACGUUGGUUCUUUUAUAUCAAAUAGUUACAUUAAACGUUACUGUGAACUCUUAUUCUAAUGCAGUUCUUGCUCUUUUAAUGUCAAAUCAGAUGGUAGAGAUCAAAGGUUCUGUAUUUAAAAAAUUCGAAAAAGAAAACUUAUUUCAGUUGACUUGUUCAGACAUCGUCGAGCGUUUCCAAAUCACGGUUAUGGCGACUGUUAUUUUUUUAAGAAAUCUAACAGAAAUGUAUACUACCUCCUCUCUGGAUGCUCCCUUAAUAACUUUUGACCGUCUCAAAACACUAAUGGCCCCAUUUGUCUGGGUUAUCGGUUCUGAAUUAUUUGUGGAUUGGCUAAAGCAUGCUUUUAUCAUAAAGUUUAACUAUUUUAAACCAAGUAUUUAUGGGCGCUUUACAGAUGUCCUGUGUCAUGAUUAUGUUGCUUCUGGUGGACGGCCUGCUCAGACUGUUACCGGAAAAUCUCAGCACGUCGCACGAAGAAUGGGUCUUCCAGUUCUUCCACUUGUCUGUGUGUUUAUAAGAACCUCCAUGCAGACCUGGAAUAUGUUUCGGUCAACACAUUCCAUGAAACAAGAAAUUGCCAAAUCGAUAGGAAUGCUUCUUCCUACCAAAGACAAUUACAUUUAUUACCUACCAAAGGGCCAAACUCAAGUUUACAAUAUUGAAAAAGAGCCCUCAUGGGAAUCGAUCUUCUUAUCCUGGUUACAAGGGAAAGCAGGAAUUGCUGUUCUUUUUUUUAUUUUGCUCAUGCUCAAACUCAUUUUAGGAAUGGCUCUCCUCUCUUUUGCUCAGUCUCGAUACAGGUCUAUGAAGAUACGAGAGGAAGACACGGAAACAUGGGAAAAAGAGCGCAAGACAAACAAUUUUUUCAGAGGACAUAUUGAAAUUGACAAUCGAACCAAAACUUAUCUUAAUAACUCAAAAGAUGAUUUGCCCGUCAGCAAGGGCCAACUACUCACACUAGAGCGAUACUCAAUGUUUUCAAAACGUAUAUGGUAAUCCAAUGACCGUGGUUUCUUUUUCCAUUACUUUUACUUUGCGCACGAUAGAGUGGUAGAAUCGGAAGCAAAAUGAUUCGUAAUCAUUAAUAAGCAUAAUAAAAUUUCAAUUCUUUUUCAUAAACAACGUUGUUUGGUUUAUAAGGUCCUAAUGAAACAAAAACACC